CAUCACACACCCAAAUACCCCAACCCAAAUUGUAAAUUUUAAUUUGUUAUUUAUUUUAUUAUCAUUAUUGCAUGCUUCUGUAAUUUCUCCAUCUUUUUAAAACUGGAUUCAAGAAAAGAGAGAUAUGGAUGUUGAAGGGAAGAGUCCAGAUAAGAAGGCAGUGAGUGAAGAUGCCUCAUUGAAGAAGUGUCUGGAAGGGAACAAAGGAGACAUUGAUAAGUGCAAGUCACUGCUGGAAGCAUUCAAGAGCUCUUCUUCUGCUGCUGCUGCACAAAAACAGAAGGCAUUGGCUCCCCUUAUGUUGAGAAGUGGUUCUUUGACUGAUGUUUAAUAUAAUGAUGAUUCCAAAUUGGGUUUUGCCCCCCUAAUUUGUAGGGACAUGUUCUGUAAUUCUGUGGGAUUGUAUUGUAAUGUGUAAUAUCAUAUCAUCAUGGAUUUCUUUCUGCAUCUUUGUUUGAUUGUUCUAACCUGUUUUCAUGUCUUUUUAGCCAAAGCUAGGUCUUUGGGAAACAUCUCUGCUGUAAUCACAAGGAUAAAGUCUGUGUGACCUAUUCUCCAGACCCAGGCCCUCAACUUGUAGGACCCUAUUGGAUUGUUGUAUGACUUUUCCUUGUGCAUCAAUGAAGAAGACUGUCAUUU